CAACAACAGAGAAACGGCCAUCUUUCUCACCUCCCCAAAACCCUUCCUCCAUCCCAUUUCCUCUACACUCCCAUUUUGUUCAACAACCACCUCAGCAUCUCCUGCAGCAGCCGUUCUUGAUUUUGGGUCUGGUUAUUGCUACAUCGCCCCAGAAAUGGAGGGUGGCGACCUGUUCAAAGCAAGGAACAGUCUGCGGCGAGGCGGGUCGGCCUCCGUAUGGAGAAACAAUCCGUCGGAUGUUUUCUCGGCUUCUUCGAGGGAAGAAGACGACGAAGAAGCUUUGAAGUGGGCUGCUCUGGAGAAGCUCCCCACUUACGAUCGGCUCAGGAAAGGCAUACUGGCUAGCGCUUCCAAGACUGAGCUCAGCGAGAUCGAUGUACAAAAUCUCGGCGUCGAGGAAAGGAAAGUUCUCCUCGAUCGGCUGGUUCAGGUUGCUGACCAGGAUAACGAGAAGUUCUUGAUGAAGCUCAAGAACAGAAUUGACAGGGUUGGAGUAGAACUACCUACGAUCGAAGUUCGAUACGAGAAUCUCAACGUUGAAGCAGUAGCUACAGUUGGGAGCAAAUCUCUGCCCACCUUCACCAAUUUCACUAUAGGGAUCUUCACGGGUAUCUUGGACAUGUUCCACCUCCUACCCAACAAAAAGAGACAUCUGACAAUCCUCAACGAUGUAAGUGGAGUCAUCAAGCCCGGCAGAAUGACUCUGCUAUUGGGUCCUCCGAGCUCUGGGAAGACAACACUGUUGCUAUCUUUGGCUGGAAGGCUGGAUCCCAAUCUCAAGGUUUCAGGGAGAGUGACUUACAAUGGUCACGACAUGCAUGAAUUCAUCCCCCAGAAAACUUCAGCUUACAUCAGUCAGCAUGAUCUUCACAUGGGAGAGUUGACUGUUAGGGAAACUUUGGCUUUCGCGGCCAGAGUACAAGGAGUUGGAUCUCUUCAUGAUAUGUUGGCUGAAUUAUCCAGAAGAGAAAAGGCAGCAAAUAUCAAACCUGAUCCUGAUAUUGAUAUCUUCAUGAAGGCUGCUGCAACAGAAGGCCUGGAAAGCAAUGUGGUCACAGACUAUGUUUUAAAGAUCUUAGGGCUGGAAGUUUGUGCAGACACACUUGUGGGUGAUGAAAUGAUCAGAGGUAUCUCUGGAGGACAAAGAAAGCGUGUCACUACAGGUGAAAUGCUUGUUGGACCAGCAAGGGCAUUGUUCAUGGACGAGAUAUCGACCGGUUUGGACAGUUCCACAACGUUCCAGAUUGUGAACUCAUUGAAGCAGCAGAAUCACAUCCUCAAUGGCACUGCAGUCAUUUCCCUCCUCCAGCCUGCUCCCGAGACAUACGACCUCUUUGACGACAUCAUCCUGGUGUCAGAUGGACAGGUUGCGUAUCAAGGCCCUCGAGAAAAUGUGCUCGAGUUCUUUGAGCACAUGGGUUUCAAGUGUCCUGACAGGAAAGGAGUUGCUGAUUUCUUGCAAGAAGUCACAUCAAAGAAGGAUCAGAAGCAGUAUUGGGCUAGAAGGGAUCAGCCUUACCGUUUCAUAACCUCGAAGGAGUUUGCAGAGGCGUUCCAGUCCUUCCAUAUAGGAAGGAAGAUUGGAGAUGAGCUGUCAGUUCCUUAUGACAGAACCAAGAGCCACCCUGCUGCUUUGGCAACCAAAAAGUAUGGAAUAGGAAACAAGGAGUUGCUCAAGGCUAACUUUGCAAGAGAAUUACUACUCAUGAAGAGGAACUCUUUCGUCUAUGUAUUCAAGCUUACUCAGCUUUUCAUCAUGGCAUUGAUGGCUAUGACAGUCUUCUUCCGGACCGAAAUGCAUAGAGACACAAUCCAAGAUGGAGGCAUUUUCGUGGGUGCUCUCUUCUUCACACUUAUUAUGAUCAUGUUUAAUGGAAUGGCUGAGCUUUCCAUGACCAUCGCAAAGCUCCCUGUGUUUUACAAGCAAAGGAAUCUGUUUUUCUACCCACCAUGGAUAUACUCCAUCCCGCCAUGGAUCCUGAAGAUUCCUGUCACCUUCCUUGAAGUUGCUGUUUGGGUCUUCAUGACUUACUAUGUCAUUGGGUUUGAUCCCAACUUUGGAAGGUUGAUUAGGCUUUAUGUUGUGUUGGUGGCAAUCAAUCAAAUGGCAUCUGCUCUUUUCCGAUUCAUUGCCGCAACUGGAAGAAACAUGAUCGUUGCCAACACCUUUGGAUCAUUUGUUCUGCUUCUUCUCUUUGCAUUGAGUGGAUUCAUCCUAUCACGAGAGGAUGUAAAGAAAUGGUGGAUUUGGGCGUAUUGGGCAUCACCCAUGAUGUACGGGCAGAAUGCAAUAGCCGUUAAUGAAUUCCUUGGACACAGUUGGAGCCAUGUUCCAGCAAACUCGACUUCGACAGAAUCACUGGGAAUUCAAGUGUUGAAGUCCCGUGCGUUCUUCACAGAGCCACAUUGGUAUUGGCUAGGAGUAGGAGCAACUGUAGGAUUCCUGUUCCUAUUCAACAUCGUUUUUGCUAUUGCUCUUACUGUCUUGGAUCAAUUCGAGAAGCCUAAGGCGGUCAUACCUGCGGACUCCAUUGAGGCCAACGCUUCAGCAGGAGCUAUUGAGAUGUCACAAAACAGGACUGGUGUAACGGAUGCAUCAGAUGAUGAGACCAAUGGGAGCAAGAAGAAAGGAAUGGUUCUUCCAUUCGAGCCUCACUCCAUCACCUUCGAUGAUGUCAUAUAUUCUGUUGAUAUGCCACAGGAAAUGAAAGCCCAAGGUGUUGCUGAAGAUAAGCUGGUGCUUCUAAAGGGUGUUAGUGGUGCUUUUAGGCCGGGUGUUUUGACAGCAUUGAUGGGAGUUAGUGGUGCUGGUAAAACCACUCUCAUGGAUGUGCUUGCUGGAAGAAAAACCGGUGGCUACAUUGAAGGGAACAUCACCAUUUCUGGGUUCCCCAAGAAGCAAGAAACAUUUGCUAGGAUUUCAGGAUAUUGUGAGCAGAAUGAUAUCCACUCUCCACAAGUUACAGUCUAUGAGUCUGUAGUCUAUUCAGCUUGGUUACGUUUGGCCCAAGAAGUUGAUAAAAAAACGAGAAUGAUGUUUGUUGAAGAAGUGAUGGACCUUGUGGAGUUAAACCCAUUGCGUAACUCUUUGGUGGGACUCCCUGGUGUGAGCGGGUUGACCACUGAGCAACGCAAGAGGCUUACCAUUGCGGUCGAGUUGGUGGCAAAUCCAUCCAUCAUCUUCAUGGAUGAGCCAACCUCAGGGUUGGAUGCUAGAGCUGCUGCCAUUGUCAUGAGAACUGUCAGAAACACCGUGGACACCGGUAGAACUGUUGUAUGCACCAUCCAUCAGCCCAGCAUUGACAUCUUCGAAGCUUUUGAUGAGUUGUUCCUAUUGAAGAGAGGAGGGCAAGAGAUAUACGUGGGUCCAUUGGGACGCCAAUCCGCCCAUUUGGUGAAAUACUUUGAGGAAAUUGAAGGAGUGAGCAAGAUCAAAGACGGUUACAACCCAGCAACUUGGAUGUUAGAGGUGACCACCACAACACAAGAGAUAGCUCUAGGUGUCGAUUUCACCGAUAUUUACAGAAACUCAGACCUCUACAAGAGGAACAAGGCACUCAUCAAGGACCUGAGCAAAGCAGCCCCUGGUGCCAAAGAACUCUACUUCCCAACAAAAUACUCGCAACCAUUCUUGACACAGUGCAUGGCUUGCCUAUGGAAGCAACAUUGGUCCUACUGGCGCAACCCUCCAUACACCGCGGUCAGAUUCUUGUUCACGACCUUCAUAGCCCUCAUGUUCGGUACCAUGUUCUGGGAUCUAGGUGGCAAAACAUCUAGGAACCAAGACCUGUUCAAUGCCAUGGGAGCAAUGUUCUCCGCGGUGUUGUUCCUAGGUGUCCAGAAUGCAUCCUCAGUACAGCCAGUGGUGGCUGUUGAAAGGACCGUGUUCUAUAGGGAGCGAGCAGCAGGAAUGUACUCAGCUCUGCCAUAUGCUUAUGCACAGAUGAUCAUCGAGAUUCCGUACGUCCUAGCUCAGGCAUUGGUCUAUGGAUUGAUCACAUACGCCAUGAUUGGGUUCGAGUGGGAUGUCAAGAAGGUCAUGUGGUAUCUCUUCAUCAUGUACUUCACCCUCCUCUACUUCACCUACUAUGGGAUGAUGAGCGUCGCAAUCACACCGAAUCACCACAUCGCCUCCAUCAUCUCGACUUUCUUCUACUCCAUCUGGAAUCUGUUCGCAGGAUUCAUCAUCCCCAGACCGACAAUUCCAGUGUGGUGGAGGUGGAACUACUGGGCCAACCCGAUCUCGUGGACAUUGUACGGGCUGAUCGUGUCGCAGUAUGGAGAUGUGAGGACGCCGAUGGAAGGAACUGGGGAAGCUGUUGAGGAUUUCUUGCGGAGAUACUUCGGGUUCAAGCAUGAUUUCCUGGGAGUAAUUGCUGCCGUCAUGGUUGGAUUAGUUGCCACCUUUGCUUUCAUCUUUGCCUACUCAAUCAGGUCUUUCAACUUCCAGAGAAGAUAGAUCUGUUUGAAGCCCGUCACCUACAAUUUUUUUGUGCCUAUUUUACAGUAACAUAAGCAAACUAGUGAGUUUGUGUUGAUUCAUUUUAUAAACAUUUGAGCGAGAGAGCCUGAUGCCUGUUAUAUAUGUGCUGCUGUAAAAUUGUUUUGCUAGUCAAUAAGAUUACAAGUUCUUA